UUUUCCCGCGCUCACCAAACUGAACCGUCAGCCUGUGUGUGGAGUAAACAAGCUAGCGCCUGAAUAUUUAGCACAAGUGUUUAAUAAUGCCGUCCUCAGACUACGACCCCGCUUCUCUGCCGGACUUAUUACCGCUGUACUAUCGACGGCUCUUCCCCUUCUCUCAGUAUUACCGCUGGUUGAACUACGGAGGAGUGCAGAAGAACUACUUCCAGAACCGAGAGUUCUCCUUCACGCUGAAAGACGACAUCUAUGUUCGCUACCAGUCGUUCAGCGCGCAGGGCGAGCUGGAGAAGGAGAUGCAGAAGAUGAACCCGUACAAGAUUGAUAUCGGAGCAGUGUACAGUCACAGGCCCAACCAACACAACACCGUGAAGUCUGGCAGCUUCCAGGCUCUGGAGAAGGAGCUGGUGUUUGACAUCGACAUGACGGAUUACGACGACGUCCGCAGCUGCUGCAGCGAAGCGGACAUUUGUGCCAAGUGCUGGACGCUGAUGACCAUCGCUAUUCGUAUCCUGGACAGAGCGCUCCGAGAGGACUUUGGCUUCCAGCACCUGCUGUGGGUUUUCUCUGGCAGAAGAGGAGUUCAUUGUUGGGUGUGUGACGAAGCUGCCCGGAAGCUGUCUGCAACAGCCCGGUCUGCUGUGGCAGAAUACCUCAGCCUGGUCAAGGGUGGUGAAGAGACCGUAAAGAAAGUAGUGCUGUCGGAUCCAAUUCAUCCUUUUAUUAAAGAGUCUUUGGAUGUAGUGGAGCUUUAUUUUCCACAGUACGCUCUGCAGAAACAGGAGAUAUUGAGCCGGAAGGAGUCCAUAGACAAAGUCCUGGCUCUCGUUCCUGAAGACGUUAAAAAAGAUUUACAGCAGGAGUUCCAAAACGAGAGGAAACCAGAAACCCGCUGGAAGUUAAUUCAGGCACACGCCAAAAGGAAACAGUCGACGGCUAAAAAGGUGCAACACUUUGAGAAGGAGAUCAUGCUGCAGUACUGCUACCCUCGGCUCGACGUGAACGUCAGCAAGGGUGUGAACCAUUUACUGAAGAGCCCCUUCAGUGUUCAUCCGAAAACAGGACGCAUCUCCGUCCCCAUUGACCUCAAGGAGUUGGACAACUUCGAUCCUUUCGCUGUGCCCACCAUCAGUUUGAUCUGCGAGGAGCUGGAUCGACCCAAAGCAGGAGAGGAGAACAUAGAGGAAACCAUGGAGACGGAGGACAAGAGAGACGCAGCAGAGAAGAGGAAGAUCAGAGAUUACAAAAGAACCAGCUUGGCCAAGUACGUGAAGCACUUCGAUCAGUUUCUUGAUGGGUUGGCUCGUUCAUGGAAAGGAGAACUUCUCAAAAAGAGCGAUCAGCAGAGAGAAUUUUAAAACUGAUCCACUAUCAGAAAACGACGUCUUUGAAGACACAUUUACGGCUUUGUAGACUUAUUUGGGGUGAUGAUUCUUUUUUGUGAUUAAAAUCUAAAUCAUUUAUGCUUUUGUGAAACUGUAAUAAAACAUUUGAAACCUAA